AAUCGUCUUUUUCCUUCAUGGUGGAGAGCUUCACAAAAUGUUUUGGAAGAUUUUUAUUCUCGUGUGUGUGUCAUCAUUGCGGUUAUCAGAGUCCCUGACCUUCCAUAUCGAAGGAAACAAAACCAGUUUUACAUUUCCGUUGGGAGUUACAUCACAGAUCAAGUUCUAUGUUCGUAACGAAGAUGAUUUUCGUGUUUACGUCCAACACAAGGCCGCGGAGAAGGACAAUUACAAUACGAUGUGUAUUGUGUAUCAAACAGCAAGUAAAGUAUGUAGUACCAAUAACAACAUCUGCCGAUGUCCUGAAGACACUAACAAUGCUUUCAGCUUAAAUAAAAUCUUCCUGCAGAGUGAUGCCGGCCUGUGGAUGUUCAGGCCUUGGCAACAUAACAACAUCUCUAAGACAGUCAAUGUUAGCAUCAGUGAGCAGAAGAGCACAACCUGGACACUACAGUCAAAUAUCCAAACAACAUCUGAGUUAGCAACGACUAAAGCGAACUCGCCGAUGACCUCACAACCUUCGCUGACAACAACCACACGUGUUACCUCUGAGGUAGCCUCUUCCACAUUGACUACUGUGAGUGAGACUACUUUAGUAGGCAUAAAUCAUCCAUCGGAUUUGAAACAAAACCGCAAAAAGACAGAACUUACGUCCAGCGACAUUGCGUCCAUGGCGGCUGUCUUUGUGUUUACUCUGGUGAUCAUCAUCACCCUGGCUCUGGACAUCUUCCUGUGGCUCAACCCUGAGGUGGACUUGCUCCAGCGGUGUCGUUAGACUGAGCUUUGAUGGUUGUACUUUCCUAGUCUUGAAUGAUGAGAUAUUUUAUAAGUGGAGGAGGAAGGCGGAAUGUUUAGUAGAUUUUCUAGAUUUCCCUACAUAUCACCAUAGUUUCUAGCUUUCAAGAUGUUACUAAAAACAAAAAAAAUUUAGUGAACAAAUGAAAAUCAAAAUCAUUUUCUCGUUGCAUGAGUUAAAGUAACAGAGCAUGAAAUAUUAGCAAAAUAUAUAUCUGUCAAUAAGAUAUGUCUGCCUGUCUUUUAAAUGUCAAAUAGUUAAGGCAACCUAAUUAUUUAGAGAAGGUGAGAGCAUGUAGAAGGAUUAGUUUCGACUUUUCAUAGGCAGUGCUCUAGAUACGGUGAACCACAUAUAGCUCUGUUCUCACUUGGUUACUAGGCUUUAACAUUUUACAUUUUAUGCAGAUGGUGGAAAUAGUCUGGAGGGCGCAUGUGACAAAUAUUUCAUAUUUUUGUGUUUUUUUUCUCACUUUUGUUCUCUCUCUCUCUCUCUCUUGUCCAAAAUGUUUGAAAUAUCAGUUGGAUUUAACCAAAUAAGGACAUUUUCUUUAUUUCGUGUUUCUGAAUGUAUAUUCGUGCGUGGGUUAGUGGGUGAGACUGCCUUCUUAACACCCGAAACAGGAAACAAACCUAGACAAUAGAUUAGAGGAAAUAGAAACAAAUAACUUGAUCCGUGUACAGUUCAUUGUUUAUGAUGAGUCAUUAUAAGUUUCAUAGGAAAGCAGGAAAAAAAA